AUGUCCAUACUACCAGACAUUGUCAUACUUACGGAGGCCUGGUUGUCAUGCAACCCCUAUAUACCCACACUAGAUGGAUACUGUUCAUACUCAACUUCUAAACGAAUAAAUCAAAAUGACGGAGUGGUUGUGUAUGUUAAAAGCAAUAUAAGUAACAUCAAUGUGACAGAAAUCGAUUUUGCCGAUGCCAGUUGUCUCCAAAUAAGAAUUGGAGAGAGUACCUGUAUUUUUGCAAUAUAUAGGUCACCAUCUUUUAAAGAUAUCUCCAACUUUCUUUGCUCUUUAGACGAAGUACUUACCCUAAAUUCUUCUUACAAAAAUGUAACGGUCAUCGGUGACAUUAAUAUUGACAUUUCAGAUGGGAACAUAGACAACACAGCAUCAGAUUAUUUAACUCUGAACGCUAGUCAUGGUCUACUUGCUGCCCAUAACUUAGUUACUCGUCAUAAUAAAACCUGUCUUGACCAUGUCUUUCUAAAAACAAAACUUAAAGCUAAAACUAUUGUUAUAGAUUCUACUGUUACGGACCAUAACGCUGUUUUACUAACACUAGAAAAGGUCAAAAUCGACAACGCACACAAAACUUUAAAUAAAACCGAUUAUGUUGAAUUGGAAAACCAUCUGAAAAAUAGUGAACUUUCCUAUAUAUACGAAUGUACUGACGCAAAUGUUGCGCUUAAAUAUUUUAUUGAUAUAGUUGCCAGAGCUAUACAACUGAGUACUUCAGCCUAUAGUGUGCCGCAUCGUUUGAAAAUCACCAAACCAUGGAUUACACCAGGCGUUUUAAGGUGUAUGCGCAACAGGGAUAGGAUGUAUUUGAAAAUGAAAAAAUCGCCAAACAACGAUGCCAUUAAGAUAACCUACAAAAGAUACCGGAAUUAUUGCAGCAAUAUCUUAAAAAGCCUGAAAAGACAGUAUGAGAGGAAGGAAUUAAAUAAAGCUUCAACUAAUCCCAAGAAGAUGUGGCAGGUAAUUAGAGACGUAACUAAUACCAAUAAAACAAAAGUUACUGCUAGUCCAUUGUUAAAAAUUAACGGCAGUAUUGACGACUCCCUUGCGGAAAUUAAUAAGUUUUUUACUACGAUUGGGCAAAAUAUAGCUAAUAAAGUCUCCCAAACAUAUGCUAAUAUUCCCAGCACAUCGGACAUUACAGUUUCAGAUGUUGCAUCGGACUCUCUUGUUUUUCUGCAAACUGAUGAACUGGAAGUAGAGCAGAUGAUACUAGACUUACGUACUGAUUGUGCAACUGGUAUUGAUGGUAUAUCUGCUAAACUCAUAAAACAGUUUAAGAGUAUUUUUGUUCCACCUUUGACAUAUAUUUUUAACUUAUGCAUAAAUGCAGGUGUUUUUCCGGACCUUUUUAAGAGGGCCCUUAUUCACCCUAUAUAUAAGACGGGGGAUGUAGAUCGUAUCAAUAAUUAUAGACCAAUAUCGGUCUUGCCCUCCUUGUCCAAGAUCUUGGAAAAAAUCAUUAACACCCGCCUUAAGAAAUAUCUUGAAGAAAAGGAUAUUAUCUCCAUCAAUCAAUACGGCUUCAGAAGUAAUAGAUCCACAAAUGAUGCAGUGCACGAACUCACUGAAAAUAUUGUUCAGGCAUUGGAUAGACGCAAGAAAAGUCUUGCAAUUUUCUUGGAUCUGGCUAAGGCCUUCGACACGGUCUCCAUUCCCAAACUAAUUCUCAAAUUAGAGCGUAUCGGUGUUAGGGACCAACAACUGAAUCUUUUUAUAAGCUAUCUGACAAACCGAACACAAUGUGUAAAGAUUGGUAGGUACGUUAGCAGAGAACUUCCCAUAGAAUAUGGUGUACCACAGGGAAGCAUCCUUGGUCCCACACUCUUCUUAGUUUAUAUUAAUGAAAUGUGCAAAUUAAAACUAACAAAUGGCAAACUCUUGGCAUUUGCUGAUGAUACCACGCUUAUUUUUACGAGCCAAACGUGGGAAGAAGUUUACGAUGCGGCGCAAACCGGUUUCAAUAGAAUAACUAAGUGGUUAGCAGAAAACACACUGGCAAUUAAUGUCGACAAGACUAAAAUCAUAAGAUUCCAAAUUAAAAAAAACAGUAUACCAAAUAGAUUUUCUAUUACGGCACAUAACCACACUACAUGCUGUUAUCUGACAUGCAAUUGCCCUCAGUUACAAGAUGUUGCUACCAUUAGGUACCUAGGUGUAAUUAUAGACGAAAGUCUUAGUUUCGUGCCGCACAUUGAACUUUUAACAGGUAGAAUACGUAAACUCAUCUUUAUUUUCAAAUACCUAAGGCAUGUUGCAGAACCAAAAAUCCUGAAAACAGUUUAUUAUGCCUUGUGCCAGUCCUUGUUGGGGUAUUGUAUCUUAUCAUGGGGUGGUGCUCUAAAGACUAAAUUUAUUAAGUUAGAGCGCGCACAGAGGGCUGUAUUAAAAGUGUGCACCUUUAAACCAUACCGCUAUCCUACAAAAGAACUGUAUGAGCACUGCGAAGUUCUAACAGUGCGUCAACUUUUCAUUCUACAAAUAUUACUAAAGCAACAUUCGUUAAAUCUCAAAUCUCAUCAUCUUUCGGUAUCUCCGCGAUCAACUUCACGCAGGCUUAAACUUCCACCAGCUGACAGGCACAGGACAUCUUUUAGUCAUAGAUUCUUUGGCUUUCUCGGACGAUUCACUUACAUAAAAGUCAACAAAGUUUUAAAAAUUGACUGUAAAAAUAAAUAUGAAUGCAAAAGGAUUGUAACAGACUGGCUGCUAAAACUAAGCUAUGAUGAAACGGAAGAACUUCUUCAUCCGAUAUUAUGA